AGCAAGGCGAGGCAAGGCGAUGCAAGGCGACCCCAGCCACAGCUGCCGGGUUUCUCGGGGGUAAGACGAGGCUCGCUGAAAAUCCACCCGCCCGAGUAGCACACUCACCCACACGGCCUAGUCUUCUUGGAUUCUAUUUAUGUCUCCUCCCCUGUCUUAGUUACUCUUAUCCUGCCGUCCGCUUUUAGGUUUGCCCAGAUUCUUCCUUACCGUUUCCUGCAAACAUUCUGAAUCCGUCGCCUAGCUUUUCGUCUUAGUGCCAGCGAAUUCGCUUCAUCCCGGGCGGUUGGCCUCGGCAGGACAGCCACGGGUUCUUGCCUCGUUCCUUCCACAGCCAGGCGUUCGAGCUCCAUACCGGCACAGCGUUAUCGCACGUCGUGAGUCGCACGUCGCCGAGCCCAAUGUCGCACGUACGCGAUCCAGAUUCGCCGAGCACCGCUCGGCUGAACCCCAGUGGAGUAGCAAGCGACGCUGAUUUUGUCAGCUGCCCGUUUGGAAUCGAAGACGGGCAGUGCUUCGACGACAGCAGCAGCGGCAGCAGCGGCAGCGGCAGCGGCAGCGGCAGCGGCGGUGGUAGCAACCGCAUCAGAAGCAGCAGAAGAAGCAGCGGCAGCAGCAGCGGCGAUAGGAUACAUAGCCUGAAUGUAGACUCCACCCCCGUUAGGUUAAAUUCGAUAAGGGAUGACACCGUUACUAUCACGCUGGACCCCGUUACUAUCACACCCGAUUCCGUCACCUCCGACUGCUGCGGCAGCAAGGGGGGUUGCCGCAGCGACUGCAGUACCGUCGUUCUUAGACCGAAAUCCGUCGAAGAUCCCGCCAUAGUCGCUAUCUCCGGUUAUCCUGACAUUUCUCCUGCUUCAGUGGGGGUCGGUUCUGAGCUUUGUCGCCGGCUUUCCGUUCUCCUCGUCCUGUUUCUCGGGUGGUCGCUCGUUGUCGCCGUCAGCUUCGUAACUCUCCCGCCUAUCGCCAGCGUGCGAGUCGCAAUGCAGUCGCCUGAGUCGCCUGCGACGCCGUUUGGUGGAGUCGCAGCCAAUGGGAGCGAGCUCGGCGACGUCAACGGGAACGGGUUCAUGAGAAACGGAAAUUUUCCGGGCAGCUUCAAUAGCAGCAGCAGCGGUAGCAGCCCGAGUAAUGGAACCCUAGGCGUCGAUCCCUCGGGUCAACAUUAUCCCAUCAACAGCAACAGCAACAGCAGCAGCAGCAGCAGCGGUGGUGACAGUGUCUCUUUAUUCGCACCAGAUAAUCCACUUUUCAACGCAUCUGCGUCAGAAUCCAAUCCGUAUCCGCCUUUCUCCCCAUCGUCCAACAGCAAUGUGACAGGUGUCGCAUACGCAUCGCUCCACAUCCCCCACAGUAUCGCGGACCUCCAAUCAAUGCGCUCCACGCUCAAUCUCUACAUGACUGCAUACCCCACCAGAGUAUAUUUCACCUUUGUCAACUUUUACCUCUACAUUCAAACCUUCCUAGUUCCAGGGACCCUCCUCUGCAACAUCCUAGCCGGUUCUCUGUUCGGCUUCCCUCUCGGCCUCGUUACAAUCUCCCUCUUUAUAACCAUCGGCGCGUGCCUCUCCUACGCCGUAUCGCUUUUGAUUCUCCGCGACGUGGUGUACUACUAUUUCACGGAGCGCUGCGAUUGGCUGCGGGGCGAGGUGCAACGGCACCAGAGCUGCCUGGUCUAUUAUAUCAUCUUCCUUAGAAUCACACCCGUUCUCCCCUCCUGGGUAAUCAACCUCUGCGCUCCAGUGGUCGGGAUCCCCUUCCCAACCUUCGUUAUAGGCACAUUCCUAGGUUUCUUUCCCUACAACGUGGUACAAGUGAAGGCUGGGUGCGUACUCUCGACAAUCAACUCCGUUACAGACCUAUACGACCCUGCCACCAUAGCCAUCUUCUGUCUGCUGGCGCUGCUAACCCUCAUUCCCAUCCUCGCUAAGACGAAAUUCGCUAAGAGGAUGUGGGACAGGAUAACGCACAGAGGGGGAAAGGCGGGGAUGGAGGAGGAGCAGAUGACUGUGGAGGGGGAAGGGUUGAAGGACGAUGGGAGCAGAGGGCCGUACACGCAUUGAUUCCUUCAACCGUCAUCCAGUGGCCGUUCUUCUAGGUGCCAUUGAGCGGGGAUGGAGGAGGAUGAGAUGAAUGUGGAGGGGGGAGGGCUGGAGGACGAUGGGAGGAGAGGGCCGUACACGCAUUGAGUGGCGAUCCUUUCUAAGGACUGUGCAUUCAUCUGCUCGGUGCUAUUGGAUGGAGGAGGAGCAGUUGAAUGCGGAUGGGAGAAGGGCUGGAGGACGAUGGAAGACGGGGGCUAGUUUUGAGGCGCCUCAAAACUAGACUCCUAUCACGCGAAUGUGGAGGGGGAAGGGUUGAAGGACGAUGGAAGACGGGUGUAUUUUGACUACAAAAUACACCUGAAGGAGGAGCAGUUGAAUGCGGAGGGGAGAAGGGCUGGAGGACGAUGGAAGAGGGGGGCCGUACACGGAGUGAGUGGCGCUUUUAUCAAGUGACAGUAUGUGGGGGCAAAGGAGCAGCAGAUGAGUAUGGAGGUGGAAGGGUUGAAGGGAUGAUGGGAGACGGGAAGCGUAUGCGCAUUAGACUGUUCUAUGGCGCAUUAGGCUGUUCUAUGGCGCAUUAGACUGUUCUAUGGCGCAUUACGCUGUUCUAUGGUGACGUCGAGUGUGGAGCAGCAGGUGAAGGUGCUGGUGGGAGGGUGAUAGGAGUCUAGUUUUGAGGCGCCUCAAAACUAGGUGCUGGUGGGAGGGUGAUAGGAGUCUAGUUUUGAGGCGCCUCAAAACUAGGUGCUGGUGGGAGGGUGAUAGGAGUCUAGUUUUGAGGCGCCUCAAAACUAGGUGCUGGUGGGACGGCUGACGGAAUGAAAGAAAGGCGUCUUCACUGACCGAUGUCGGGUGGUGAAAUUCCAUGUAAGGGAGGUGGGGGCCGAAGGUAGGGACGUUCUAUGGCGCAUUAGACUGUUCUAUGGUGCCUUCGAGUGUGGAGCAGCAGGCGAAUGUGGAAGUGGGAGGGCAGGUGGGAGUGCAGGUGGGAGGGCUGAAGGAAUGAGUGGCUCCUUCACUGACCGACCUCACAAAGGGGAGGUGGGGUUAAAGUUGCAGAGGUGAGGUGUGAUGGUGUAAUGCUUAGCAAGAGGCGGCAUAAGGUGGUAACUCUUGUGCUGGCAGCAAUUGGGCAAAAAACGUUACGGGGCUGGAAGCAUGACAUGCUCCCCUCCCACCUAGAAGUUCUUGAAUGUCCAAUUGUUAUGAUACUUACCAUGCACCCUGGCGCAUCUAGGGGCCAUAGGUUCUUGUAACCAUUGUUUCCGCAUUCAAUAUUAUUCUUGC